CAGAGCCCACGAGAUUGAGACUUUUUUGGUGAUCGUGGAGUUUUCUUCAUCCGCCGCCGCUGUCGUCACCGCCGUGUCCGACGCCAUUACCUUUCUGCUGCGUCGUCCGACGACGCUGCUGACACCGCUGCCGGCUCCGCCACCGGUGUCACCGCCCUUGCUGCCGUGCCGUCGACCUGCUCCCUGCCGUCGUCCUUUGCACUGUCGCCUUCUGGGUCGGCCCUUCUCCAGUGGUGCCUUCCAUUGCUGCCGCCGUUUGCUGUCGCCCCCCUUCCUCCUUGCCGUCGCCCUCUGCGCCGUCGAUAUCGGCGCCCGACCUGCUCCCUGCUCCGCCUGACCAGCAACGUCUUCCGCCGCCCGACCUGCUUCCUGGUGUUGCCUUUCCGUCUAGCGCUGCCUCUACUCCCUGCAUCAUUGUUCUCUUGCGGGAUCUGCUGCAAAGUUCCAGCACCUCUGCUCACGCCAGUUGCUGCGUGCUCCCCAUUGCCGCGGCUGCCCUUUGUCACUGCAGGAUAAAUUUGGGUGUUCGAUCGACGUGAUGGCGGAUUCCCCUAUGGGAGAGUGGAUCAUCGACAGUGGCGCUACUCACCACAUGACCGGCGAUCCUAAAGUCUUUCAUGGGUAUAAGCUUUCGUCAGGAAAGGAACGUGUUUCUCUUGCUGAUGGUUCCUCUAUCUCUGCGCCUGGGAAAUGGAGUCUCCCACUUUUGAACAAGUUCUUUGUCCACAAUGCCCUACAUGACUUGGUGACAGGGAAGAGGAUUGGGAUUGGUUUGGUGUCUGAUGGGCUGUAUCGGCUUCCUAUACGCGUUGUCACAGCUCUUAUGUCAGCAGUCAGCAGAACAGAGAAGAAGGAGGAAGAGUGUCGUCAGUUAUUUUUGUUUUGGCAUGAACGCCUUGGUCAUCUCCCAUUCGGGAUUUUGAAACAUUUGUUCCCUGAACUAUGUUCUAGUUUAAACAUUUCCAUGUUAUCAUGUGAUGUGUGUCAGUUUGCGAAGCAUGUUAGAGCUUCUUAUCCAAUUUCGAAUAGUCGUUCUAAUAAAGCUUUCUCCUUGGUUCAUUCUGAUGUGUGGGGGCCUUCGGGCAUUCAUUCUCGUGGUGGUUUUCAAUACUUUAUAACUUUUAUAGAUGAUUAUUCAAGGUGUACCUUUGUGUAUUUGUUGAAAGAUCGUAGUGAGGUGCCUCACAUUAUUGAAACUUUCAUCCUCCUAGUCGAAAACCAAUAUGGAAAUUCUGUCAAGACUUUUCGGUCUGAUAAUGCUCGUGAAUAUCUGUGUCUCACUGUUGAAGAAUUCUUUCGAAAGAGGGGGAUUGUUCAUGAGACAUCCUGUAGUUAUACCCCCCCUCAAAAUGGGGUUGCUGAGAGGAAAAAUCGUCAGUUGCUCAAUGUCACCCGAGCCAUACUGUUCCAAAGAAAUCUCCCAAAAUACUAUUGGGGUGAUGCAAUCCUUACUAGUGUCUACUUGAUUAAUCGCAUGCCUAGUCGUGUGCUAAAGGGUCGUACUCCCUACUCUAUGCUUCCAGGGAGUAGUCAACCUUUUCAUCUUCCUCCUCGAGUCUUUGGAUGUGUGUGUUUCAUACAUAACCACAGCCCCAAUGUGAAGAAACUUGAUCCCAAAUCUAUUAAGGGCAUCUUUCUUGGGUAUUCUUCCACUAAAAAAGGUUAUAAAUGUCUCGCCACUGGUCGUCUUCACAUUACCAAAGAUGUCACAUUCUUGGAACAUGUUAUAGUGUCUGCCAGCUUAUAUUACAUUUUCUAUAUCAAACACAUGUGAUCUCUGCUGUAGAAAUGAACUAAGAACCUAAUGCUAGUGUUUCAUUUACAUAUUUUUGAAGAAGCAACAAAAGAUGUUUAUAAUGAAUAAUUUUGUGUUCUGAAUAUGAUGACAUCUUUAUAUUGGUUCAGGUCUAAAAAAUUGAUUUUCAGCUUAAUUUACAAUAUAAUCAAUAGUCGGUUUGCCCUUUUCUUUACUAGAUUUUGGUGAGACAAUUGCCAGACAUUCGUUGAAAUGGUUUUCCUUCUUCCAGUUACUCAAUUGAUAUUUUCUU